AUGUCUGCGAAGUCCCGUCUGUCGGCUUUGCUCGGCCACUUCUCUUCAGCUGAGCCCCAGGGAUCUAGUCCUGAGGCGCCGGCUCGGUACGAGCAUAGGGUGAACUUCCACACUCUGUCGCCGACCUUUUUCUUGCCGAGAGCGGCUGCCAUUGAGCCUGAGGCCGAGGCCAUCUACCAUGUCACGGCGAAUAAUCAGAUCCUGCGGAGAUCUUACAUCGAAACUGCGGAUCGCGCCAGGGGCCUUGCGUACUACUUGAAGAAACAUGGCUUUACGAGGGUUGGCAUCUUGUGUCCCAACACCCCUGCCUUCCUGGAGUCCAUUUUCGGAAUCGCAGCCGCUGGGGCGGUCAAUGUUGCCGUCAACUAUCGCUUGAAGGAGGAUGAUAUCAGCUAUAUCUUCCAACACUCCGAUGUCGAGGUCAUCAUCGUGGAUAAGGAAUUCGAACCGCUUAUCCAAGCCUACCGCGCUUCAAAGCCUAACAUUCCUAUCAUCAUUGAUACUGACACGGAUGCCACCGAAGGCGAGCUCUCUGGUCCUUUCGAUGGAGCGGUCUUGGAAGGCCUGAGACAUGACCUCGAGACUGGCGCCAAGGGCUGGGAAGGGCUUGAGAGCCAGGCUGCUUCCGAAGACGAUAUCCUCGCUCUGGCGUACACCAGCGGCACGACAGCACGUCCCAAGGGAGUGGAGUACACGCAUCGUGGCUGUUAUCUUGCGGCGAUGGGCAAUGUCAUCGAAUCGGGUCUUAAUCCCCUGCGCGGACGUUGUCGUUACCUGUGGACGCUGCCCAUGUUCCAUGCUAUGGGCUGGACGUUCCCGUGGGCUGUCACCGCCGUACGGGGAACGCACUACUGUCUAAGGAAGAUCGACUACCCCGAGAUCUGGCGGCUUCUCAAACAGGAGCAUGUCACGCACUUCAAUGCAGCGCCCACCGUGAACACACUGCUCUGCAACGCCGAUGAAGCGGAGCGACUCCCGAACCCGGUGCAGGUUACCGUCGCGGCAAGUCCGCCCACGCCGCAUCUAUUCGAGCAGAUGACCAACCUAAACUUGCACCCGGUUCACACCUAUGGAAUGACGGAGACGUACGGUCCCAUUACGAAGGGGUACAUCAUGCCCUCGUGGGACCAACUGCCACUGAAGGAGAAGUACCAGAAGAUGGCGCGGCAGGGCCAUGGAUUCGUGACCAGUUUGCCUGUGCGAGUCGUCAAGACCGACGUGCCUGAGGGGACGGUGGUGGACGUCAGCCGCGAUGGCCAGGAGAUCGGAGAGAUUGUGUUCGUCGGAAAUAUUUGCGCUCGGGGUUACUACAAAGAUCCCGAAGCCACGCGGAAACUCUUCGCGGGUGGGGUCCUGCAUUCGGGCGACUUGGCCGUUUGGCAUUCCGAUGGGGCUAUUCAGAUCCUGGAUCGCGCCAAGGAUAUUAUCAUCAGCGGUGGCGAGAACAUCUCGUCUGUGGCGCUGGAAUCCAUGCUGGUUACCCAUCCGGACAUUCUGGAGGCGGGGGUCGUGGCCGUUCCAGAUAGCCAUUGGGGCGAGCGCCCCAAGGCGUACGUGACGGUGAAGGGUGGGAAGACCUUGGAAGGCAAGGCGGUGAUUGAGUGGGCUCGGAGCACGAGUGGGAUUAGCAAGUUUAUGGUCCCACGCGAGGUGGAAGUAGUACCAGAGCUGCCCAAAACCAGCACGGGAAAGGUGAGGAAGAAUGUGCUCCGAGAAUGGGCCAAGGGGGGGAGCCGGACAUGA